AUGGCUGAUAGUGGAACUGAUCAUGUGACUACUCAAGUCAAAGGAACAAUGGGCUACUUGGAUCCUGAAUAUUACAUGACUCAACAGUUGACGGAAAAGAGUGAUGUUUAUAGCUUCGGCGUGGUAAUGUUGGAGCUGAUAACUGCUAGAAGGCCAAUAGAGCAAGGGAAGUAUAUAGUGAGAGUGGUGCAGAUGGCAAUGGAUAAGACAAAAGAACUGUACAACCUUCGUGAAGUUCUUGACCCAUAUAUUGGUUUGGGAACAGAGCUAAAAGGUUUAGAAAUUUUUGUUGAUUUGGCAAUGUCGUGCGUGGAAGAAUCACAGGAUAAAAGGCCUAGAAUGGGGGAAGUGGUGAAAGUGAUUGAGAACAUAACACAGCUUGCUGCUUUGAACAACUCAACAUCCAAUUCAGCAAGUUAUGAGGAUGGGAGUACGGAUGAUUUGCUACCAUCUGUACAGCGGUCACGUCCUUGA